AUGGGUUGCCAGACGAGCAAGGCCACUGCUCCAGCCGCCACGGAGAAGGCUCCCAUUGCCGUGACGGAGGUUGCCGCCGAGUCUAAGGCUUCGACCGAGGCGCCGACUGCCGAGCCAGCAGCCUCCCAGGAAGUCUCCCCAACAGCGCAGGACAAGACGGAAGAGCCCAAGGAGGUUCCCGCGCUUCCCGCCGAGGCCAAGGCGGUGGAGACCGUGCUGGAGGAGACCAAGGAGGAGGUGAAAGAGAAGAUCGCAGAGGCCCAGCAAGAGGUGCCCAGCAAGGAGGAGGUGAAGGACUUGACGGAGCAAGCGGCAGGGCAGCUGGAGGGAUUCAAGGCACAGGUUUCCGAUGUUCCUAAGGUGUUGGGUGCAGCCCAGACGGGCGAGGAAAGCAAGACACCGAUGUGCAAUCUCUUCAGCACUUGCGCGUAA